UGUGGUACUGCAGCCUGGGUGUCUUUUAGAAAAAAGCAAGACAAAGUGCCUUACAGGGCUUUUCCAAACUCUGGGAGGGCGCGUGUUUGCCUCUGGGAGCAAGGCCGAGAUCCAGACGGAUUUCCCAGUGGGAAUCUGUUAAGACCUCUCAGACUUCCCUUAGUGACACAGCUCCCUUGGUGGUGUCUGGUGGGAGGGCAGCUGACCACUGCCUGCCCUGGCUGUUCCCAGUGCUAGUGCUGGUUCACCACUGCAGAGCUGGCCUCUCCUUGCCUCCCCAGUCUUAUUCCUUGGGAAGCCCUGGGUGGUCCUAGCAACUGCAGCCAGAGGGUUGGAGGUGCCUUAUUGCUGCGGACAGGGUGGGUUUCAGAAGAGCCACCUUUAUCUCACAGCUGUCUGUCCUCAGCUCCUGACUGCCUGCAGCACUGCACAAUCUGGAAGAAGGAGUGGGAAUCACCUGGUCACUAGUUUGGACUCCACAGCCUGAACCAGAUGAGGAAAGAGGUUGGUAAGCGCAGAAGCACCAACGGAGAUGUCUCCAGCUUAUCCCAGGACCCUCAGCCCUCCAAGGUGGGACAUGGCUCUGUUCCCCAGCCCAGGAGUGGUGCUCAGCGUGCUUCAGGUAGGCUUUAUGAAGAAGAAGAGGACGAUGCCCUGCCAGACUCAGAUGCCCUGCCGGACUCAGAUGACGAGGUGGAGCUGGAUAAGCCGCGCCCCAUACAGAUUGUCCUUGCUCAUGAAGAUGACCAUAACUUUGAAUUAGAUGAAGCAGCAUUGGAAAAAAUCUUGCUUCAGGAACAUAUUAAAGAUCUUAACAUAGUAGUUGUGUCUGUAGCAGGAGCUUUCCGCAAAGGAAAAUCUUUUCUGCUGGACUUCAUGCUUAGAUACAUGUAUAACAGGACUUCUCCUUGCUGGAUAGGUGGAAACACUGAGCCAUUGACCGGGUUUACAUGGAGAGGUGGAUGUGAACGGGAAACAACUGGCAUUCAGAUUUGGAGUGAAGUGUUUGUAAUUGAUAAACCUAAUGGAACAAAGGUUGCUGUACUACUCAUGGAUACCCAAGGUGCCUUUGAUAGCCAAUCCACUAUCAAAGACUGUGCGACAGUUUUUGCCCUGAGCACCAUGACGAGCUCUGUCCAGGUAUACAACUUGUCUCAGAAUAUUCAGGAAGAUGACCUUCAACAUUUGCAGUUGUUUACAGAAUAUGGAAGACUAGCUAUGGAAGAAAUUUACCAAAAGCCGUUUCAGACAUUAAUGUUCUUAAUUAGAGAUUGGAGUUAUCCUUAUGAACAUGCAUAUGGCUUGGAAGGAGGAAGAAAGUUCCUAGAGAAAAGAUUGCAGGUAAAGCAAAACCAACAUGAAGAGCUACAGAAUGUAAGGAAGCAUAUUCACUCCUGUUUCAGUAAUCUUGGGUGUUUCCUGUUGCCCCACCCUGGUCUUAAAGUUGCAACAAAUCCAAAUUUUGAUGGGCGAUUGAAUGAUAUAGAUGAGGAUUUUAAGAAUGAACUGCGGAAUUUGGUGCCGUUACUGCUUGCCCCUGAAAACUUGGUAGAAAAAGAGAUUAGUGGAUCCAAGGUGACCUGUAGAGAUCUUGUAGAAUACUUCAAGGCUUACAUUAAAAUCUAUCAAGGAGAGGAGCUACCUCAUCCGAAAUCUAUGCUGCAGGCAACAGCUGAGGCGAACAAUCUUGCUGCUGUGGCAGGAGCAAAGGACUUGUACAGCAAAGGCAUGGAGCAGGUGUGUGGGGGAGAUAAGCCUUACAUCGCCCCAUCGGACCUCGAGCGGAAGCACCAGGAUUUCCGAGAGAGCGCCAUCCGGCAGUUCCGCUCCGUGAAGAAGAUGGGAGGGGAGGAGUUCUGCCGGCGCUACCAGGAGCAACUGGAAGUGGAAAUCGACGAGAUCUAUGCAAACUUUGUGAAGCACAACGAUGGCAAAAACAUCUUUUAUGCUGCUCGUACCCCUGCCACUCUAUUUGCAGUCAUGUUUGCCAUGUACAUAAUCUCAGGACUGACUGGGUUCCUUGGCAUGAACUCCAUAGCUGCCCUGUGUAAUCUUGUGCUGGGGAUGGCUCUUAUAUCGUUUUGUACAUGGGCAUACGUUAAGUACUCUGGGGAAUUCAGAGAAGUUGGAACAGCCAUUGAUCAGAUCGCUGAAGCUAUAUGGGAACAGGUGUUGAAGCCCAUGAGUGAUAAUUUGAUGGAGGAUCACGUGAGGCAGUCUGUAAAAAACUCUAUCAAAGCAGGCCUGACCGAGCAGGUGUCUCACCAUGCCAGACUAAAGACAGACUGACAGUUCGUCUCCUCUUCAACUCUGCCCUCUCAUCCUAGACAUGCUUGCUGUACCAUGAGAACUCAAUAAUAAUAAUAAAAAAUGAAUAAAAAUAAACCAAAGUUUACAAUCAACUGUAGAAGUAGUUUAGUGUGAUUGGCUUCACAGAUUGCUGCCAUCACCGGGGAAGAGUUAAGUUUGUCAGUGUUCAGCUUCUCAGACAAACUGGUGCCAUGGAGCCCGCUGGGGUGGGAGGGAGUGGCUCAGUUUUACGUAGUCCUGGUGACCCGUGUUUGGGGGAGGGAGGGGGAGCUUCCCCAGCGCUGUGAGUCCGUGCAGGCUCUGGCUUACAGGGGCAACCUGUCCCCUGCAGGAGCUGACUUCAGGGAAGUGUAAUGAUCAGACCCACACUAGGUGUGCUCUCACCAAAUGUCCCCAGCGCGGCACUGCCCCUCGCGAGCUCCAGCGAGUGUCCUGUGUGUGCAGCCGGUGGAGCCAUCGGAGCGGCCACUCCAUUACAACACGUCUCUUGCUUUCUUGCCUUUUACCAGUGUUACACAGAUGCAUGUGCUGGUUCCUCACGCAGAACUGGGCUGUCAGGGAGGCAGUGGCUCAGCACAGAGGGUGUCUUGCCUUGAACUCGCAGACCUGGUCCCGAGGGAGGUGCAUAUCGGAACUGAGCUGUCUCUUUCUGCAGUUUAGCCUUCAUGUAUAUAAUAUUGCCAUUAAUUCUACUGGGGAAGAAAUUCCAUCCAAAAAUGUUGCCUACAGCUACCAAGCAAUGAGUUAGGAUUGUCUGUACAGUGUGUUUAGUUUUUAUUUUUUAAGAAAUCACAGAUAGGGCAUGUAUAUGAAAUAUAAAUAUAUAAAUACGAUUUUGUAUCAAAGUUUUGUAGUUUAUGGCAAAACCUGGUUCUGUGGUAGCUAAGUGCAGUUCCUGUAAAGGAAUGUUUGUGGCUCAUGUAAAUGUGUGAAUGCAUCAACAAUUUGAAGUUUUUUGAUAUAUUUGUGAUAUUUACCUGCCUUGAGCACUGCAAUCUCUCACCCCCUUGGGAAAAUCAAUGGGAAUGUUUGUUGUGAAACUCUUGUCUUCUGUUGCAUUUUAAAGUUAUUUCCUGUAAUUUAUUUUCAGUACAUGAUUAAAAUCAGUUAUGUAUAUAUGAAAUGAAAUCUGUGCUUAUUUUUAAAAGAUGUUCAAGUAUUGUAUUCUACUACAUAAACUAUGUCAAAUACUUAUCCUGACAAUUAUAUGAACAGAUUUGUUCUAUUGUACUUCAUAGCUUUCUAUUGAAGCCGAUGUUCCCCUCAUGCUUGUCUCUGGAAGAUGACCUCUGUCCAGCUCAUACCCCCUCCCUGUAUAGGAAAACCUCCUGCUGUUCUUAAGCACGCUUUUGACUUGUGGAGUUUCUUGUCAGAUUCUGCCCUCCGACAACUGUAUCACUCUGAAAUCCUGUUACUGGCUUUACUUUCAUUCUUGGCUAAAUCAGUACCAACUGUGUGGAGUGUAAAGGCAGCUAAAUAAUUACCUGCUGUAGUUUCAGCUGGAACUGGCUGCGUGCAGUAGCUGGGUUUUUGCAUUCCUAAAUGGCAACAAUUCUCAUCAACAUUUGAGCUUUAACAUCUCCCCUCUCUCGAGUGAGGGAAAUCAUCUGUCUAGGACUAAAGCAAUUGCACUGUGACUUUUGCACCGCGAAGAACUGCUGGGGAGUGGUGGUUACCUGCCCUCUGCAGGUGAGGGCUCAGCUCCAGGGGAAUGAUGCUAAAGAUGAGGUAGGAAUGUCGCAUUUUAUGAUAUCUCAACCUGUACAGAUUAAAUACUGUUAUUCAAACAA